UGUUCAGUUCGGUUUGCUCAUUACCAUCUUACUAGUCUCACUGCAUAAUCAUCUGGUGAUUUUCAUUAUUUCCCAUUUGAUUGAUCAAACGAUGUCGUUUUCAUUCUUCAAAAGGCCAAAAACCCCACAAGAACUCGCUAAAGCAAUCAAAGAUAGUCUCAUGUGCCUUGAUUCCAAAACUGUCCUUGAGGUUAAAUCACUCGAAAAGGCAUUAGAAGAAGUUGAGAAGAAUUUUGGUGCAAUGAAAGUUAUUCUUUUAGGUGAUGGGGAGGUUGAACCGAACACAGAUCAAAUUUUACAAUUGACAAUCGAAAUAUGUAAAGAGGAUGUAAUUGGCCUUUUCUUUCAUAAACUAUCUAUACUUGGAUGGGAGGCAAGAAAAGAUUUAGUCCAAUGCUGGUCCAUCUUGUUGAAGCAAAAAGUUGGAUCAACUCAUUGUUGUGUGCAAUUUUUAGAGAACCAUUCAGAUUUGUUAGACUUCUUGGUGUCAUGUUACGAUAAUAAGGAGAUCUCCUUAAAUUGUGGAAACAUGCUGAGGGAAUGCAUCAAGUACCCGACUCUUGCAAAAUAUAUAUUGGAGUCUCCAAGCUUUGAGCUUUUUUUCAAGUAUGUGGAGCUGGCUAACUUUGAUGUUGCUUCAGAUGCAUUUUCCACCUUCAAGGACCUGCUUACCAAACAUCCAGAUGCGGUAGCCGAAUUCUUAAAAUCUCAUUAUGACGAGUUCUUUGAGCAUUAUGAGAAACUUUUAACCUCUACUAACUAUGUAACGAGAAGACAAUCUUUGAAGCUUCUAUCGGAAUUCCUUUUGGAGCCUCCAAGCUCCCAAACAAUGAAACGAUACAUUGCGGAAGUCCAACACUUCAAAGUCAUGAUGACAUUGCUAACGGAUUCAAGCAAAAACAUCCAGAUGUCUGCAUUCCACAUAUUUAAGAUAUUUGUGGCUAAUCCCCACAAGCCUCGAGAAAUAAAAGUCAUAUUAGCAAAGAACCAUGAAAGAUUGCUGGAAUUGCUAAACAAUCUAUCUGCUGGAAAAGGUGGAGAUGAUGAUCAAUUUGACGAGGAAAAAGAAAUGAUUAUUAAAGAAAUAGAAAGAGUAGCUCAGCUCUCAAAUCUUGAUUCUUAGAUACAGAACCAGCAUUUGACUUUCGUUGGUCAAAUAGUAGCCAACAGCUGCCUUUGGUUCCUAACCUGAUUAUGUGUAUCAAAUAUAAGCCCAUAAUAUCUGGCUAGCUGGACAUCAUUUUUCAGUUUGCUACAAUCUAUUGUUUGAGAAUCAAGUCUUACAACUGGUUUCUGAUUUAUAUGUAAUAUCAAAUGUAUGUAGUGAUGUGGCGUUGCCUUUAUAUAUGUUAUAAUUUUUCUUGUACACAAGUCUUAGCGACGCAUUAUAAUUGUCAUUUUCUUAUUGUGGCUAUAAACAGACAUUGAAUCA